CUCUGCUCGACGUCACCCAACCUCACUCUUCACACCAUCACCAUGUCCACCCACACCCCACCAUUACAAGCAACCCACGUAACUCCUCCACACAUCCAAAUUCGACGGCGCCAUGCUCCUGGCAGUGCAGGCCCCUCGACCCUCUCCCAGUCCUUCAGCCUCGGCCCGGCUGAUGUCGACAUCUCCGACACGAGCAUCGGCACACCGACGCGCAGGAGAGUGACGGCCCUCUCAACCUCAGAACAGGGAAACAUGGGGAUGCACGGGCAGCUCUCUCCACGCGUGCGCUCAAACCUCGCCCGCUCGCCCGGCGCAACACUUGCACCCGGCAGCGAGCCGCGCACACGCUCGCGUUCUCGUCUCAGCGAGGUCUUCAGGCCGGUCCAAGACGAGGAUAUGGACGACAGCGACGCGUGGACGAUGCUAGACUCGAUGCGCAUCUGGCGCUCCGACGCCAUGACCCACCACCUGUACGAGACGGCCGCGUUCUGGGCCAACAAGAUUCUGGAUUGGACAGGCGAUGCCAACGACGCCUUCUGGCUCGCUCAGGCCUACUACCAUAUGCGCCACUUUGUGCGCGCCGAGCGCUUACUGACAGAGCCCCUUCCCCCACCCAGGGCACCCCUGCUCGACAAAGGCAAGCAUAAGGCUUCCGGUGAACGCGACGGCCACGCGGAUGAGGACGAACGCAAACCUCCUAUUCGUGAACAUCUUGCCUGCCGUCUUCUUGCCGCCCAGUGCUUGAUGGAGCAGGAGGAGUACGAGGACGCCCUCGAGAUGCUCGGAGUGCAGAGCUCGUUUGGCGAGACGGACGCCGCAGCAACCCGUCCAUCAACGGACCAGGGCAUCAAGGUGUUCUCGAGCAUGUGCUACCUCCGCGGGUUGUUGCAUUUGCGUUUGUCCUCACCUAUCGAGGCCAAAGAGUCCUUCAUGGAGGCCCUCGCGCUCGACGUCAAAAACUACGACGCAUUCCGCGAGCUCAUCUACGGCCAGAUGAUGAGGCCUGGAGAGGAAUGGGAGUUCAUCAGCACGCUGGCGUACGGCUCGCAGCUCAGCGACGAGGAGGCGGCGUUUGUGCGUCUCAUGUACAUCUCCAAGCUGCGCAAGGAGUCUCACGUCAAAGAGAUCUCGGCUGCAGGACGCGAACUUGCCGUCAAAUACGGGCUGGGUGAGAACAGCGACGUGCUUGUCAGCAUUGCGGAAGAGCUGUUCGCCAACUACAAGUGGGAGGACUGUUACGUUGUCACAUCCAAGAUCCUCAACAAGGUUCCUGGCCACUCGGAGGCCCUCACGCUGCAGCUGGCGUGCAUGCACCACAUCCCGCGCCUGCACUCGGCGAUCUACGCGCUCGCCCACAGCUUGGUCAGGACAGAGCCGCACGAGGCAACGACAUGGUGGGCUGUCGGCAUGUGGUACUACUCUGGACAGCGAUGGGCCGAUGCUCGCCGUUACUUCAGCAAGGCCAACCUCAUUGACCAGCGCUUUGGCCCAGCAUGGAUCACGUUCGCUCAUUCUUAUCGUCAAGAAGGGGAACAUGACCAGGCUGUUACCGCGUACUCGACCGCCGCGCGCAAUUUCCCUGGAUCCCACUUGCCAUACCUCUUUAUCGGCAUGUCGUACCUCCAGCUCUCGCACUCGGAGCUCGCUGAGGAGUAUCUCGCCACGGCGGCGAGCUACAACUCAACCGACCCUUUGCUGCUGAACGAGCUAGGAGUGGCCGCGUACAACCGGGAGGACUACCUCUCCGCGAUCGAGUACUUCCAAGCCGCCUUGCAAGGCGCCUCAAGGAUGCAGGGCUCAUCCGAGCCUUGGGCCGCGACACACAGCAACAUGGGCCAUGCGCUCCGCAAUUUGGGCCGCUACGAGGAAGCGCGGUCGCACUACGCGUCCGCGAUCCGCCUGAACCCCAUCGACGCGACGGCCUACGCGAGCCAGGGCAUGAUCUCGCAGUUCCUCGGCGACGUGCGCGGCGCCAUCAAACUGUACCACCAGGCCCUGGCCAUCCUCCCGCAGGAGCCAGUCGCGACCAUCCUCCUCGAAAUGGCCCUCACGGAGCAGGUACGCACGCUGGACCCCACGACGCUCCCCGGCCUCCCUGCUGCCAUCGUCGACAAGAACCUCGACCCCUUCAGUGUGCCGAAAGGCAACCCAGCGUUCGGGCCGCUGCCGAUCGAGUUGGACCCGCUCACGCUCGAGGAGGCCGGCGACGCCAGCCGCAUCUCCGCACAGGGAGGGAGCUCGCGUACUGUUACGCAGGGCGGGAGCGGGCGCACCGUUGUUCCCGCCGGCCGCGCCGAUAUGUCGGCCAUGUCUAUGUCCAUGUCUCAGGCAUCCUACCGCCACCAUCACGCGAGCGUCGUCGACGAGUCAAGCGUGAUGGACAUUGAGGAGGACUAGUAGUAUUAUAGGCUUACCAGCAUCUACAUUGUAUCCGACGCAUUGCAUGGAGUGUGAUAUUAC